AUGUCGGCUUCCAGAAAAGAGACGCGAUUCAUUGGUGGACCGAAUCUUCAAUCAUAUAAUAAGAGGAACGGCGGGAAAAGCGCAAAUAGCAAUGCUGGAUGGUAUGAAGAGCAAACGCGUUGUUCUUCACUUCGGACUGUCUUUGCACAAGACGAAGUAGGGCACAAUUACAUCAAUUUAGGGUGAAUGUACAGGUUCAGCACGCGUUUUGGUACAUUUCUUUGCUGUCCCUGCAUGACCACGACGUGAAAUGUUUUUAUGUGACGUUUGGAGGACGUGAGUUCAAGCUUGGGAGAGCCGUGACAUAUAAACUCUGGGAUAGAAUUGGAGUUGGCUUGGUCAAAAGUCUCAACCAAGGUCUGUGGCUUCACACUCGGAUCCAUUUCACUCCACUUCAUCAGUGAAAGGAUAAGGGAAAUCGUAACACCAAUAUAACGCGAAAUAUUUAUCCCGAUUUCAUCAUAAAAAUGCUUUCUGGAAAUAAAAACAUCAAUUUAUUUUUCCAUAUUUCAGCUGUAUGCCUAGGUGUAUGUGCGUACAUGCAUGCUACAUUCCUGUUAGAAUAAAUAGCUGAUAGGUUCCUGGGCGGAGCUUUAAACGGGUAACAUUUUGUUGUUAACAAAGAAGCGCCAAAGUGUAUUUUUUUUCUCUUCUUUUGAAAGAAACGUGGAUUUGCUUCAUUCAUAAUAUAGUUUGAUAACUUUCACACAGAAGGCCAGUCCUGUGUCUUAAUAUUUCGACCUCCCUCACGUUCUGUACAUUUUCAAAAUUGACCCCCCAAAAUCAAGCCUCUUAGAAAAUUGUGGUCUUGUAUGAUUAAAAACUUCAUUUACUGUACUUGACAGCUUUGUUAGUACAGCAAAAGAAACAAAACAAGUCAGAACAAUGAGAAUGCUUUGUUUUUACAUAGGGUGCGUAGACAAAAUAUACGGUCCUACACAUGUAAACCCUUGUGCUUUCUUACGAAAAGUGCUCUUGUAAUGUUGGUGUCCCUAAGUUGAAAAAACCGCUGGUUGAUGUUGGAUACAAACAGCUUCUGGCAUUAGUUAACAGGGCGCAAACAAUGUACAUUUUUCCCACUUGCUCUGACAAAGCUCAUAGCUGUGUUAAAUUGACGCUGUAGUGGAGUAAGGUGUAAUCCUCUGAAGGGUGGUCACCAUAGAUGCAUAAAAGAUUGCCAAGGGGAGAGCGACAGUAAAGCUGUAACUGUGGCAACAAGCCAGAAUCAAGCGACGACUGUGUUGGUUAUAUAUGAAGUCAAUCAUGGUAGCUGUUGUUAUGCUAAACUGUGGUACAGGCCAAAUCGAGGGCACGUAUCACUGUAGCGAGUGGGGUAUGCGAACCGCUUUAAAAAAAGCCUCGAUCCCCUUGACAACAAGUCUGUUAUAACAAACAAUCUCAUCGGGCACUUGUAGGAUAUCUUUCACUUGAUAAAUAUGGUUCUUCAUGAAACGAAAUUCAGCUUUACAUUCGUCAUCGCACAGGUCAUCUAAAUCGAACGAUUCGUACGCCAGUAAGGAAAGUCAGAUGUUAAAAAAUGUUUUAGUGCGUGGUAAAGUUUCUCUUACAUUGAGCCCCGAAUAUCAUGUCGUAAGGAAUCCUACCUGCUUUCUGUCUUCUCUUCUUUGUUUCAUUGUCCGUAUCACAGAGUAUACUUGGCAGUCUUCGGUCGCCAAAAAGAAACAACAACAGCAGCAACAACAACGAAAGCUUUGAAGUUCGCGUGCAAAGUCAAGUCGGUAUCGAUGGAAGAUUUCUUCACCGAAAGAAAACUACCAAAAAGGUUCGCAAGACCAGAAAUCGAAACGGCGCAAAUGCGCAGAAGCGUGUCACAAUCCAAUUUAAUGCGACCGUAUUACAAAGUAUAUUUGGCAUUCUUCGGUCGCCAAAAAACAACGUAAGGUAUCAGUAUCAAUAUCGGUAUUGAUGUACGGAGCUUAAUUCAGCUUUAAUCCAUCGGCGUGGAAAGCACAGGUGUGCCUCUGUGUAACAUUAAUUGGAUGGUAGAUUCCAGCGGAAAAGUAAGGCGAAAGAAGCAAACUGGUUUCUCGUUUGCACAAACUAGGAAGCGAGACGCACUGACAAAUGUUUGAAGUUAUUGGUUCCAAUAUGCCUCAAUGUUCUGUUUAAAAAAAAUUCUGCCGCCGAAAUUCAUCGCAAAAAUAGCGGACCAUUUGCCGCUUGAUCACGUUGUUGCGGACACCAACCAGACUUCUAAAUAUGUAGAAAUAUUAAGGGCACAGGAGUUAUCCUGGCACAUAUUUUUGAAAUAUUGCUGCGAAUCGUACCACGGGAGAAAUCGCGAGACAGAAGCCAGAAGAACCAUGCUGCCACUUGACUCAGUCUACCUACAAAUGUGCCUGUUUAGUUUUAUAAGAGGAGAGAAUCAUGCCAAACCUUUGAGGUUGCCGCAGCCCAAACUUCAGGACUAGUCAAUCUUGUUCUCUCUUGUCAAACUAUUUUUUGGGAGUGCAAGCAUCCGUUUAUUGAUCUUAACACCAAUAGUCAUAACUGAACCUGCUGUAGCGAGCGCACGACUAUUAGAAUGCUCAAGAAACUGAACAAAGACCUUACUUGAAUCAAGCAGAGCUCUCUUGAGUAGGCCAAAAUCGAGCAAGUGUAGGAAAGGCUCUGCGGGUAGGAGGCCAGCGAGCAAGCUCUCUGCGGAGCUCUGGGGGCGGGCGAGAAAAUUGUUUGAUUGUUUUGCCGUACCGCCUGUAUUCAUUUAGUUCCCACACGAACGUUUUUUGGAGCUGUUCACGUAGGCUUCUUUUAUCGGAAUAUCGAGUUGCUUCUACGACCAUCCAUAAAUGACCAGUAAUUAUACACUACUUUUUUUGUUUCUCAGCCACUUUUUAUUGUUAUGAUUAUUUAAAAUAUUUAACAAUAAAAUACCUUUUGGACUAUUCAUAGGGAAAGGCAAUCGUUAAAUAACAGUCCCUUUUCAGUGUAAUAGACGAUUUAUACAUCCGGAUAGUUAAUCACAUCGUUUAGUGUGGAAGUACCACAUACCUCUUAGUCCUUAUGUUCGGUUCCGGUUUAAACCAACAAAACUUGUAUCAGCUAAAAAACAGCUUCUUUACGUAACACAAAAAAUAAGCAGGGAUUCCAAGCAGGCUAGAACCACGCUUCAGCGCCGCGGAGAGCAAACACUGGAUCCUUUUGUUCGCAACGAAAUACGAUUAAACGAAGACUUAAAAAAAGACGCAUGA